UUAAAAAUAUAUCUUAAAUGUCAAUGUCAUUUUGCAGAUAAAUAUCACUUAAAGCUUUGACAAAGAAUUAUAGUAAUUAAAUUUUUACCGCAACUACUUUAGAGUAGAGGAAGUCAAAAGUAAAAGAUGGCUCAAACAGCGGGUGUAAAGCCCAUAGCUAUUGCUGGACGUGUAGCACUGGAAAGAGAAAGAUGUCUUGGUAUGUCUGAUGCUGAGAGGGCCUGGCGCAAGCAAUGGCUAAAGGACCAGGUCUUAGCUGCAAACGAGCCUGUACACGUCGAAGAGUAUUGGAAAGAACGCAUUAAUCCUAUUCGUCGCUUUUAUCGUAAACCAUUAGAUGUACUGUUUAAUAAGCUGAGUCCUGUACUGGGAGCUUCACGUGCAGCAGAUUACAGAUACAUCACUGGGAAACUUGGCUUAAUUGCUGUUGGAGUUAUGGGUAUCCAUUACUACUUUAAAUAUCAUGGAAAUGACUGGACUAAGAAAGGAGGUUGGAGAGUAACUAGAUCUAAACCAAUGGUGUUACCUGGACAACCUGGUUUCCCUUACAAAUCUGAACGCACUAAAGAUUCAGAUUAUGCUGAUAGAGGUUACAGCAAAUCUUCCCUUUUUGAUGGAAAGUAAACAACUCCAGCUUAUAAUUUAAAAGAAGAUAUUUGGUAGUUUAUAUAAAUAUAUAGAAAUCAUUAUUUAAUACAACAAUUAAAGUGAGGUAUAAAAAAUAAACAGCUGUUAUUAUGCAAAGUGUAUUCCUUCAGAAUUAAAAGCGUGUAACAAUUUCAUAAAAUCAUCAACAUCCAUUGUCCUCGCUCGCAUCUGAUCUGCUUCUGCUUCUAUCAGCACAUCUUGCACUUUUUGCUUAAUAUCAAAAUCUUCCGGUAUCUCCUUAAAAUAAUUUAAAAAAAAUGUUAUAAAAAGUAACUGGCUUUCGUUGUUAAGAAACUAGUUAUUUAACUGUUAAUAAAAUCUAAAAUAAA